AUUCAAAUUCUAACAGAACAAUUCUACCCCGUAUCACGCGUCUUAUCCCUUCUUUUUCUCUAUAAAAACAAGCCAAAAGGAUUGGCCUUCUACUUCACAGUUCUUUCAUUGGAAAGGAGAAAAAAGAAAGAAGAGAGAGAAAUAAUAGAAGAAAUUAAGAGGGGGCGACCUGACCUCAAAGAACACAUAGGUAGUGAUGGCAAGGAACUUCAAUGCUCUCGUUCUUGUGCUAUUUGCCGUGGCCACCCUUCUCCACGGCUCAUCAGCACAGACCAGACACGUGGUUGGCGAAGCAACGGGCUGGACCAUCCCUGCUGGUGGAGCUGCACUCUACACCAAUUGGGCUGCCAAUAAAACCUUCGCCGUAGGCGACAUUCUCGUGUUCAAUUUCGCUACUGGGCAACACGACGUUGCUGGAGUGACAAAAUCAGCGUUUGACGCAUGCAACGGUGGGAGCACCCUUUUCACCACUACCACGGGUCCAGCAACCGUGACGCUGAACCAGACAGGACAACAUUAUUACAUUUGUACCUUCGGAACACACUGUUCCCUCGGUCAGAAACUAGCCAUCAACGUUAGCAAAGCUUCCUCUGCCCCUGCCCCUCAACCCAGUGGAAGCGCCCCUGUCCCAACACCAACACCAACACCAACACCAACCCCAACCCCUACCAAAACACCCACACCAGCACCCGCUCCUGCUCCAUCCACUGGACCAGUUACUUACACUGUUGGAGACACCUUGGGCUGGACUGUUCCUACUAACGGUGCUGCUGCUUACCGAACCUGGGCUCUUGGCAAAACCUUCAAGAUUGGAGACAUCCUAGUGUUCAAUUUUCCAUUGAAUGCACACAACGUGGAGGAAGUGACAAAGGGGAAAUUCGAUUCUUGCAACUCAUCCUCUCCUAUUGCUACUUAUAGCAGUCCACCUGUGAGGGUAACUCUUAAUAAGACUGGUUCACAUUACUUCAUAUGUGGAAUUCCUGGACACUGCUCUGCGGGUCAAAAGCUGGCCAUCAACGUCACUUCCAGCGCCGCCGCCACUCCCCCCUCCUCCGGCGCUACCCCACCUUCUUCCGCCGCCACUCCGCCUUCCUCCUCUGCCACGCCACCUUCCUCCACAAAUUCUCCCACCAAUCCUGCUUCCCCUUCUCCGGCAAGUGCUGUCACCCCCCCACCACAGAACUCUAACGCUGUGUCUCUUGGAGCUUUCGGAUUAUUUGCCACCAUUUUCUCAAUUGCUGCCGCAUUUUUCUGUUAGACACAUGAGAUUGAGACUGAGAUUGUAGUUAGAAUUGUUUUGAACUCGUCAUUCAUUUUCUUUCUAUGGUGUUUCAUGGAUUCAGUAUUUUUAUUUUUAUUUUAUUUUUAUUUUUGAGACAUUUGACAAUAAAGUUAGCUUUUCC